AUGGCUGUACCGGUCGAAUCGCCGCACGAUCACGAACGUGGGGGACGUACUGCAGCUGCUCACAGCACACUUCCGCAUGCCCAUCCACAUCAUCGAACUCUCAGAAUCCACACCCUGCUCACAGCACACUUCCGCAUGCCCAUCCACAUCAUCGAGCUCUCAGAAUCCACACCGUUCGACCAGGUGGUUCACACGAUGCGGCACACGGCCUUUGCCAUGGGCAUGCACGGCUCUGCCCUGGCGAACCUCAUCUUCCUGCCCUCAGGGGCGUCAGCCCUGGAGCUCAUUCCCUACAAGUACCGCUACUUCCCCUACCUCACCAUCGCGCCUCUCUUUAACAUUAAUUACCACCAGUGGACCAAUGAGAAGCGCGAAUUCGCGUCGUUCGAUGAUGGGUGCUUUGAGGGGAAGUGGGCCAAGCUGAGUCCGUCGGACUGCUGGAAGUUAAAGCCGUGCUUGCGCUGUGUGCGGGACCAUGCGCGCACGCAUGUGGAUCCCGAGAGCAUUGGGCCUGUGCUGGCUGAUAUUGGACGAGAAGUGCGCAUAUGGAUUGGCAUGUAUGGCUUACCCGGUUCCUGA